AUGGACGACGAAGAGACCCACGACGAGAAGGAGAACACGGAGAGGAAGGGCGAGGCUAAGGAACACAGCAAGAAGAGGAGGCUGGAGAGCAAGGAAGGCUGCAGCAGCCAUAAGAAGAGGAAGGUGACUGAAGACGUGGAAGAGAUUGAGCAUCGCACCAAGAAGAAAGGAAAGGAUACAGAAGACUAUGAGAGCCGCAAGAAUAAGAGGAAAGUAGAUGAUGAAGAAGUUAAGGAACACCACAAGAUGAGAAAGUGGGAAGAUAUGGAAGACUAUGAGAGCUGCAAGAAUAGGAGGAAAGAGGAUGAAGAGAAAGAGGCUAAGGAACAGAGGGAGAGGAGGGAUAGAAAAGAUACGAAGAGAAGAAGGAACACGGAGUGUCAUAAACGUCCUAUCUUCUGCAUAAAGAAGAGGAAGACGGAGGACACGGAAGAACACGAGAGGCAGGCCAAAAAGCAGAAGACGGAGGAUUCGAGGGAGCACGCGUGCCAGGUCAAGGAGUGGACGGGGUAG